CGCACGCACGCACACACACACACACACACACACACGAGGAGGCGCUCGGCGAACACCGUCCCAAGUCCGGGCCCAGCGCCCCCGCGAGGCCGAGCGCACCCGCGCGGGGGCACCAGGACCGCGGGGGCGGCGGGGCUGCAACCCCGGCCGGCUCUGAGUCACCCGCCGGGAGCCUCGCCCUGGAUCUGGGCGGCCGGGAAGCGCGCAGCCGGCUGGGGCAGCAGCCGCCGCGGGAGCAGGAACGGCGCAGACCUUCCCUGAUGGAUAAUCUCUAUGAAGCAAACGGCAGUUUUGCCAUCAACUUAUUAAAAAUGUUGGGUAAAGAGGACAGCUCACGAAACGUGUUCUGCUCCCCUCUGAGCAUCUCGUCUGCCCUGGCCAUGGUCUUCAUGGGGGCCGAAGGAGACACUGCCACCCAGAUGUCCCAGGCCCUUUGUUUGAACAGAAUUGGAGAUAUUCACCAAGGUUUCCAGGCACUUCUCACGGAGGUGAACAGAUCUGGCACUCAGUACCUGCUCAGAACUGCCAACAGACUCUUCGGAGAGAAGACGUGUGACUUCUUUCCCGCCUUUAGAGAGUCCUGCUGGAAGUUCUACGGGGCGGAGCUGGAGGAGGUGUCCUUCGCGAAGGACACGGAAGAAUGCAGGAGGCGCAUAAAUGACUGGGUGACAGAAAAGACCGAAGGUAAGAUUACAGAGAUACUGGGUCCUGGGACAGUUGAUCCACUGACGAAGUUGGUUCUCGUGAAUGCCAUCUAUUUCAAAGGGAAGUGGAAUGAGCAAUUUGACAGAAAGUUCACACGGGGAAUGCCCUUUAAAACCAAUCAGGAGAAGAAGACAGUGCAGAUGAUGUUUAAGCAAGCUAAAUUUAGAAUGGGGUACAUAGAGGACAUGCAUGUGCAGGUCCUGGAGCUGCCCUACGCAGGGGAGGAGAUGAGCAUGGUCAUUCUGCUGCCGGAUGACAACACCGAUCUGGCCGUGGUGGAAGACGCACUUACCUACGAGAAGUUCAGAGCUUGGACAAAUCCAGAAAAGAUGACGAAGGAUAAAGUUCAAGUUUUCCUUCCCCGAUUGAAGCUUGAGGAGAGUUAUGAUUUGGAGUCUUUUCUUCGAAGUUUAGGUAUGACUGAUGCGUUUGAGGAAGCCAAGGCAGACUUUUCUGGAAUGUCAGCAAAGAAGAACGUGCCUGUGUCCAAGGUCGCUCACAAGUGCUUUGUAGAGGUCAAUGAGGAGGGCACAGAGGCGGCCGCGGCCACCGCCGUGGUCAGGAAUGCCCGGUGCUGCAGAAUGGAACCAAGAUUUUGUGCAGAUCACCCUUUCCUCUUCUUCAUCACGCACCCCAACACCAAUAGCAUCUUGUUCUGCGGCCGCUUCUCUUCUCCAUAAGGAGGGGCGGUUCCUGUGCGCUCACUUCCUUCCCUCGUGCCCACCUUGCUUUAACACAGAUUCCUUGUGACCGAAUCGGUACAGUGGUCUGAAUGCCACAAUAAAGUGUGUGCACCUGGGAA